CAACGACCGUUACCGGGGGAUGGGGGAGGCCGAGCGAUUGCCGAGCACCUCCGAGCAGAACACGGAAAUAUCCGAAGUGCGGAGAUCCAAACUGGAGCCUGACGGAGAAUCCCGAAAGACAACGGAAAUACCCGAGGUGCACAUUGGGUUUUUUUGGUACCAAGGAUCGAACUCAGAAAGCUGCUUACGCUAUUGAGCUAAAUCGUCGGCCCACAUACUGUAUGUUAAAAGGAAGUUCCUGACAAAAGAGGAAGACAAGAGAAAUGACAGAAGAACUGACAUUCUUUUGAAGCAAAAGCACUUCAGCUUCACAACUACACUUGUCCAAAGCAGCAGCAGUAGCUCUUGCUCUCACCCAGCCCCUCUGUGGGGGCUCCUGCCCAGGAUAAAAGAGGAAGGAGGUGGCCCAGUCUCCUAUCUUGCCUAUCAGGAGCUGGUUGCUUUGGCAUCUCUUGGUUGUUCCUUAAGUGCUUCUUCUCUGAAGAUUCCAGUAAGACAAUAUGCCUCCCAAGAAGCCUGAACCUAAGAAGGAGGUGGCCAAGCCAGCCCCAGCUGCUACCUCAGCCCCUGCCCCAGCUUCAGCUCCUGAACCUCCCAAGGAACAAGUCUUUGACCCGAAGAGUGUAAAGAUAGACUUCUCUGCUGACCAGAUUGAAGAGUUUAAAGAGGCCUUUUCAUUGUUUGACCGGACCCCCGUUGGAGAGAUGAAGAUAACCUACGGGCAGUGUGGAGAUGUGCUGCGGGCCCUAGGCCAGAACCCCACCAAUGCGGAGGUGCUGCGCGUCCUGGGCAAGCCCAAGCCUGAAGAGAUGAAUGCCAAGAUGCUGGACUUUGAGACGUUCCUGCCCAUCCUGCAGCACAUCUCCCGCAACAAGGAGCAGGGCACGUACGAGGACUUUGUAGAGGGGCUGCGUGUCUUUGACAAGGAGAGCAAUGGCACAGUUAUGGGUGCUGAACUUCGGCAUGUCCUUGCCACCCUGGGAGAGAAGAUGACCGAAGCUGAAGUGGAGCAGCUGCUGUCUGGACAGGAAGACGCCAAUGGCUGCAUCAAUUAUGAGGCCUUUGUCAAGCACAUCAUGUCUGGGUAAAGCAAAUUCCUGCAGGGUGCCUGGUCCUUGGCCUUGGCCACCCCAGGGUGCGUUAGCAAGACGCCCAUAGUGACGGAGAAGGAGUCCCGGACUUUUCACUGUACCAGCCCAAGGACCUUCCAACCUAUAGCCUUUCUGGUAAAUAAAUAGCUCCAGCAAGGCUGGGCCAAGUUCCAUGA